AUGGGAAGUGUUUCGUCUGAAGACGUUUCUGAGAGAUGUGGAAGUUAUAGUCCGAGUGCUGACAUCAGCGAAUCGGAAAGUUCUAGUAGCUUUUACGGUCGACGUUUUGAUGCCGAGGGAGCUUCAAGCUCAGUGAAUCUCUCGCCGCGUCAACUCGCCGCGCAUUUCAACUUACCGACGGCGGCGCAAGUCAUGCUUCCGGUCAUCGGUGGUAAAGACGUCGUCGUUUGGGAUCAUAAGCGUGACCUGGAUUUGUCCGAAGUUGAAAUGAUGAAGGAAAGAUUCGCUAAGCUUAUUUUAGGAGAAGACAUGUCUGGUGGUGGAAAGGGGGUUUAUACUGCACUUGCGAUCUCUAAUGCAAUCACGAAUCUCUCUGCGACUGUGUUUGGAGAGUUAUGGAGGUUGGAGCCGUUAGCACCACAGAAAAAAGCGAUGUGGCGUAGGGAAAUGGAAUGGCUUCUAUGUGUGAGCAAUUCGAUUGUUGAGCUGGUGCCUUCUGUGCAGCAGUUUCCAGGUGGUGGAACUUAUGAAGUGAUGGCGACGCGGCCUAGGUCUGAUUUGUACAUCAAUCUUCCUGCUUUGAAGAAGCUUGAUGGGAUGCUGUUAAGUAUGCUGGAUGGGUUUUGUGAUACACAGUUUUGGUAUGUUGAAAGAGGAAUUGUGUUGGCUGAUUCUAAGGAUUGUGAUGAGUAUGGUAGACCUUCUGUUAGGCAAGAAGAAAAAUGGUGGCUUCCUUCUCCUAAGCUUCCGCCAAAUGGGUUGUGUGAGGAUGAUAGGAAACGGUUGCAACAGUGUAGGGAUUGCACUAACCAGAUACUUAAGGCUGCCAUGGCGAUUAAUAGUUCUGUUCUUGCUGAAAUGGAAAUUCCUGCUGCUUAUGUGGAAUCUUUGCCAAGGAAUGGAAAAGCUUGUCUAGGGGAUAUAGUUUAUCGAUACAUAACUGCUGGCCAGUUCUCACCUGAAUGCCUUCUUGAUUGCCUUGAUCUAUCAUCUGAGCACCACACACAGGAUAUAGCUAAUAGAAUUGAGGCUGCUAUACAUGUAUGGAGGUUAAAAGACGUACAGAGACUUAAAAAUUCGGUGAAAGCCCGACGGUCUUGGAGUGGGAAGGUAAAAAGCCUUGUUGCCGACGGUGAAAAGAACCAUUUUCUUGUCCAACGGGCAGAGACACUACUGCAAGCUUGA